AUGAACCGCGGCAUCUUCCACGCCUUCGAGCACCUCAUGCAGACCGACGAGGUCCCGUACCAAGAGGCGCCAGCCGUCGCCCCGCCAGCGUGGAGGUCUCCGCACGCACCCGACGAGGCGGCCACGGCCGUCGCGCGCACCGCGGAGGCUCUCAGCGUGGCCCCCGUCCACCCCAUGCCGCACGACUCCGUGCUUGCGGUCGGGGCCGCGUUUGCGUUGGCGAACACAGGGGCCGUCCGGGGGCAUGACGCUGGUCAACGCCGUCGCGUCCCUGCCGGCGUUCCCGUGCUGGGGAGGCUGGUGCUGCGGGUGCUAGCGCUGUUCCGCGUCCUGGUGCGGCUUUGCUGCGCCCGGGGGUUGCUGUGGGUUGCCGUGUGCGGUAGCCAUGGCGGUGGCAACCGGCAGGAAUGGUGA